AAUGACACGGGGAAAAAGUACUGAACACGCUAACUGAAAUGUAUUUAAUACUUAGUAGAGAACCCUUUGUUUGUAACAACAGCUUCAAGGCGCUUCCUGUAUGACGAAAUUAAUGAGCCGCAGUAUUCAGAUGUGAUUUUGGCCCGUUCUUCUAAACAUAUUGUCUUUGAAUCCAAUUGAGCAAGAUUUAAUCAGGUGAAUGAGAAGACUACUCAAGUAGAAACUUACUAGUCACUUCGUAUCUGAUUAAAAAGAAGGGGAAAUCCUGAAUUUCAGACUACAUGGAGGACUGUAAGUCACACCUCUCCUUGAAAGUCUGUCUGUUCUGUUUAUACGGUAUAAAACCUGGGUUCAAGACAAAGCAGCAUAUCCCAGUCCUGUAAUGUGUACAACAACACACAACCUGUCAUUUUCAACACAAAAUCUCACACACACACCGCAAAAAAACAAAGACAGUUGACUGUCUUUAUUUUCACAACAUGUUAACAACAAAAUCUUGUCAGCAUCUGCAUCUAAACAAGACAACAGAGAACAAAAUAACAGACUAUGGUACAGAACAGAAGAGAAAGUGUGUGGAGAGAGAGCCAGAGUGAGAGAGAGAGAGAGAGAGAGAGAGAGAGAGAGAGAGAGAGAGAGAGAGAGAGAGAGAGAGUGUAAAACUGUGGGGGAGAUGCAUCAAAUCAUGGAAACGUCAACCCGAACUGGAGGACACAACACAGUGUGAUACAACCACAAAACAGGUUCCUUUCUUUUCAUACACUUGUAAUAUAAUAAAAGUUCUACAUAUACCUGUACUGUAUAUCCCUUUUUUCUUUGAAACCAUUUUUUGAUAGGAAACUAGUUGAGGUGCUGAUUACAUGAAAUAAAAAUAUUAAAUGGCAAUAGCAAGAUGUAAUAGUGGUAUUUUUCGUUAUAUUUAUGUUGCCAUUGAUUUGUGAAGGUUAAAAUAUUAAUUUAACAGCUCAGUGUUGAGUUUACACUUUCAAAUAUUUUUUCAAUUUAGUUACUUUCUGGACUCGACUUGGACUCGCCCAUUAAGGACUCGGACUUGAGUCCAACUCGACGAAGGUGGACUCGGAGACAACACUAUACGUAUAUUCGUUAAUAUUUAACAGUAAUGGAGAAAUGCCACCGAAUGUAGUGAAGUAAAAGUACAUUUCUGUGAUUAAAAUGAACGUAUUGCCAGUUAAACUUGUGCUUAAAGUACUUUUUUUUUUUUUUCCAAAAAGUUACUCAAGUAAAUGUAAUGAAGUAAAUGUAGCGCAUUACUACCCACAGAACUGUACAUAUCUCAUAUACUACGGAUUUUCUAUGUGAAGAAAACUAUGUUUUUAUGUUGCAAAGCAUUGGGUCUGCUGAUUAAAAGUGGGGUUAGGGUUCAAAUGUAUGUAACAGAUCAUAAAUAUGCCUUCAUAAUCUGCAGUUCUCUGCUUAGGAGAGUGUUACAUACGUAGAUUGCACAAGCCACAUCCUUUUUAGCUCAGUAUUUACAAAUGUGACUCACAGCAGAUCAUACACAAGAGCCUGAGCGUGGUAAAGCCGCACGAUCCACACAAUUCAUCAUUCUGUGGUUCACCUAAAAAUAAAAUGAGUGACUACGAUUACAACGACACCUAUGAUUUCACCAACACCAACAUCUCAUGUCUCCAAAAAAACUGCACGCUCUUUGACAAAACUGAUCAGUCUCUGAUUGGCUGGCGCCACUGGUUUUCUCUGAUCUGCUAUGCAAUCGUCUUCUUGGUGGGUGUCCCUGGCAACGGUCUGGUUGUCUGGGUGACGGCAUUCAGGAUGCCCUGUUCAGUUAAUGCCCAGUGGUUUCUGAACUUGGCCUUGACUGACCUGCUGUGCUGUUUAUCCCUGCCUCUGCUCAUGGUAGAACUGGCUCAAGAUAUGCAUUGGCCCUUCGGUAUGUUAGCCUGCAAACUACUGCAUAGCCUACUGUAUAUGUUCAUGUACUGCAGCGUGCUGAUAUUAACGGUCAUCAGUCUGGACCGCUGGGUCCUAGUGACUUGGCCUGCUUGGUGCCAGAACUGGAGGCAACCGAACCUGACUCGCUGGGUCUGUUUGAGUGUCUGGGUGGUGGCACUUAUUGGCACAAUUCCCCAGUUCAUCCACAUGAACGUAGAGCAGCAUGGGACAAAGAUACAAUGUCGUGGCCAUUACGUAAGCCUGCUUCAUGCCUGGGCCAUGGUAAUGACACGCUUCCUGCUUGGUUUUCUGCUGCCGUUCCUGAUAAUCUCUUACAGCCACUGGAUAGUGUACCAGAGGGCACACCGAAGGUCAUCCCAGAGGCAAAACGAGAGGUCAGCACGGACCUUGCGUAUCAUCCUAGCUGUAGUGAUCACCUUCUUGCUGUGCUGGAUUCCCUUGCAUAUCAUGGAGAUUACUAUGGUGGUCUUUGAAAAGGCAGUGGAUCAAACAAGGGUAAACCUUCACCUGGCUUAUAUAUUAGCUCUCUGCCUGGCCUACUUCAACAGCUGCCUGAACCCACUGCUCUAUGUUUGCCUGGGCCGUGGCUUUAAGGAGAGCUUGACCAAGACACUGAAGAGUGUACUCAACUUUGCUUCUGAAGAGCCGGGUCGAGGAGUCAGCAUGACAAUGAACACCAAGAGCACCACUGACACAAACUACUGAGAGAACACAGGUCUUAAUCUAGACAAGUUUCUAGUAGCUACUGUACUAGAAAAACAUCGGUCUACUCCACACACACACACACACACACACACACACACACACAGAUUUUAUUUAUAUCUAAAAAAAAAACCCAAAAACAAUCACGACCCCAACUUUGUUUGAAAUGUUUCAGCCGUGCAAUCUACAAUAACAUUGAACUGAGCUACAUUCGAGUGUGUCACACUGACUCCAGUAACUGUUUCAGCAUGUUUAUAAUUUUAUAUUGGUUGGCUGUUUCCAUUGGCUUGAGUGUUACUAUAAGUAAUGUCCAGUAAAUUUAUAAUAUUAUGAGACCAUUUUGUCUUCAUAAAGAAAUGAAGAAAAAAAAAAAAGGCCGAAUUAUUGUGUCGAUAAUGUAUAUAUGCCUAAUUUAGCUCACAUAGUUGCCUAAUAUACUGUACCUAAUAACCCCUUAACGUCAUCGCUUUAUAUUCAGUCUUUCAGCUUAAAGUAUAUUACUCAGUGACUAGUAUGAUUUAUUCAGCUACACACAUUCGGCAACAGUUAGAAGAUUCAGGGAUGUAUGACUAAGGGCUUAACCUUAACCACUCCUUCACCUCUCAGACCGGUUCGAGCUGGAUUUCUUAACUGCUUAAGAAAUCCAGGAGAAAUAAAAUAUCACUUAACAACACAGCACACAGGAUGUUGAGAAAACUUUGAGUGUCACAAACUUUGCUUGGAUCCCUGACCACCGCUACCCAAAAACAUACUCUAAGUUUUCUAAAUAUACAUGUAAAAAUCUAAAUUAAUCAAAGCUUCCAGCAUAUGAAGUGACAUUUCUUAAUAAGUAAAGGAUGUAAUAUUAUAAUUAGUACUACUGAUUAUGACGUUCACUUAUAGAUUUUUAAAAAAAAAAAAAAAAAAAGGGCUGCAGCUUCAUUAAAAUCGACA